AUGGAGCUACGCCAGCUACGCUAUUGUCAUUGCAACAUAUAUGGCGACGGCAUGCAACGGCUGCACUCUCCAGGUGUGAUACCUCCAGGGGUCGUGCUGCCGGGGUACAGACCUUCAGAUCUCUGGAGCCACAACAGGAUGCCUACUUUGAAUGCGUUGCCAGAUGUUGCCCGGCGUAUGGUUGAACUGCCAUUGACGAGAUUUCCCAUCCUGGGAGAGCUGUCAAUCCCUAUUGACGGAUUGCAAGCUCCUCCUCAUCAAGACACGCACGACGUUACGACACGACAUCUUCGAAGAGCUGUUGAAUAG